UAAUUUUCCAUCCUUUACCUCUUAUCCGUGAUAACUAAAGUACACCAUGAAGCAUUCGAAUUUUUACCUCUUGUUAACACUUUAUCGGUGUACGAUGAGCUGGAGUAUAGGAAUAAUAGCUUAUGAGUACAGAAGGCGAUGUCCGAACACAGAGGAUGCAUGGCGACAGAGAGAGGAGGGGUAUAUCUGCCCCGCCCCCACAAAGUACCACUGUAUGCUCACAGAGGAGGGAAAUACUGUCGAAUUUUGUAAUGAAAUUACAUGGAUUGAAGGAGAUUACUGUCCAAUGCUCAACUUAAAGACUGGAAGCAUUGACGUCCGACUUUGUCCAGAAAACGCGCUCUAUCCAAGUGGACACUAUCUUUCCAAUACAGUUUACAAAUAUAAAUUCUACAUUUCUAGGAAAACAGAUUUUACUACCCACGCUCCAAGGAAAACUGCGGCAUCACUUAACCAGGAGGCAAACGACAGUCCGAAGAAUACUGAAGAUCUAGCAGACAACAACAUCAAUAUGGUUACUCUACUGUCCACGUUUAUUGGAAUCAUUCUAACUGCCUUUGUCUCUGUUGUUGUACUACUAGUUUAUAUACGGGGACAAAAAGAAAAUGCUUUUCUUGAUAAGACGGUGACUAAAGAAAGUGUAUAACAAGGAACAAUGUUCAGUGAUUUUCGUGUAGCAUCUCUGCUCUGUGGAUAGAGUUGGCCAGUAUACUGUAUAAGUGAAAUUUUAGCGAGACGCAAAUUUAGCGAUUUCUUAUUUUAAAAAAAUUGGUAUUUUAUUUUUAGCGACAAGUAAUUUUAGGAUUUUGAAAUGCUCACUUAAGAAGCUAUUACAAAUUGAACCCUAUAAAAUUUUAGCGAUAUUCAAUUUUUGCAAAUCAGCAUAUUGUUGUUAUCUUUAUUAUGGGGGGAUACAUUCUUGUUAUCAAUGAUUUGCUCAGUUAUAUUUCAUGCAGUCAGGCUUUUUCACGAUUUGGAUAUUUCACGUGCCAGGAAGACGUUUUCCUGGCACGUAAAAUAUCAAAAUUGUGAAAAAAAAGCCUGGGAAACUUCAGAUAUUUCGGACUGAUGAGACCAUACAUGAGGGAAUAUCGAAAACUUCCUGGGCUGGUGCGAUAAAACAUAUUUUGUCAAGUUUGGGGACUUCUCCCAUAAAACCUUGCUACGAGCUUGGUACUUUCAAAAUUUAAAGGGGUCAUAAUUAAACAAUAAAAGUUUUGAAA